CUUCCCAAACAAUCCCACCAACUAAGCAUUCAAACAUAUGGGAGCCAUUCUUAUUCAGAUCACUGUCCCUUGUGUGUGUGUGUGUGUGUGUGUGUGUGUGUGUGUGUGUGUGUCUGUCUGUCUGUCUGUCUGUCUGUCUAUUGUGUGUCAUGUGUAUGGUCAUGCGUGUGUACUCUCUAGGGCUUGUGGCUAUGGUCAGCUGGGGCUCUGGAGGUUAUGAAGACAGCAGGUGACUGGGCUCACUCAACUGCUCCAGUUGGCCAGAACAGGCUAGGGAGAUGUUCCCUAGUGGCUCUCAGCAGGCCAGGGCAUGGUCAUUUGGGCAGUGCCUAGUUAUCGGCAUCACUUCGUAUUAGCUGCUUCAUAGUGACAGUGCAGGACCUCCAAUGAUUCUGUGGGUGCUGGGCAGAUCUGGCCUUGGGCCAGGGGUGACCUCUUGUAUAUGUCAGAACUUCUUCAGGAGCAGGCCACAUGGGUCUCACUAUGGCUGGGCAGAGCUGAGGUACAUUCAUGGAGGUGCGUUCAAGAGCAGGUGGGAUUGGUAGACAGGUACCCUAGCAACAGCGUCCCUUCACUGGCUUCUGCAGUACUGGAGGGCGGGUGGUAAGUUGUUUUUAAGUCUAAAAAGGAAACCGCGGCUUUGCCCGAGAGGAUCAAGCAGAAAGCUGGUCGCUCUGAUCCCUGAAGCACUUGUUGUCCCCCACCUGGCUUUGCCCUCAGUUCUCCUGAGUCUUUCUCUAGGAACGGUCAAGGGAUGCUGUCUCAGAGAGAGAUCAUUCUGUGUGAUACCUAGUGUGGUCUUGUUGGUGUCUCUCUAACCUGAUGGCUUCCAUUUUCACUCUUGGUGUCUGGGCUUGUGGAUACAGAGGAGUGAGAGGCGUGGCCCCCAGGCUUCUUCGGCUUAGCCUAGAGCAUAAGAGUGCGACACAGCUGUCUGUGGGAAGAGAUUAUACCUAGAAAGCGAACUGUUCCGGGGUUGAGACUUUUGAGAAGCAGGGUGGGAGUUGGCGGUGUGGGGUUGGUGUAAGCAUAGUGACAGAGAGGAGGUCUUAGGUCAACUGGAAUGCUUAAAAAAUGUGGAUUAUAAAAUGCACACACACACGCAAACACACACAUGCACACACACCAGCCAUUACUAGGCUAUAAUGUUUAGUGUCCUGGGUGAUUCUGUCCAGCCGCGCAGGGGGCGGGGACACCUGGGAGAGGGAAUAGAGGAAGCAUAGAAGGCCUGGCCUGGGCACUGAGUGGCUUCCAGGAUUGAGUGUGACGAUUCCUUUGGCACCAGGGGCUGGGAGAAGAGCUGAGGGCCAGCUGUGGAGGCCAAGGGACUGGAAAGUUACAAGGGACAGAGGGUGUGGCUGAUGAGGCUCAGAGGCAGGACACUGCAUCACUGGUGACCAGAGUUGCCCUGCCAGAGGGCUGUGGAUGGGCAGGCAGGCAGGCAGGCAGGCAGGCAGGCGCAGAGGACUGUCAGGAACCUUCAGCAGAGAAGUCUGUGAGGUGUGAGGAUUGCCGAGGCUGAAUGGGGUGCUGCUUGCCUGUCUGAGGGGGAGGAACCUGAGCAUGCUGCCCCGGGCGAGGAGCCAGUAGACAGGGCCAGGUGGAAGGAGAGCCGCCCAGAGGGCUGCUGGUGAAGCCUUGCCGAGAGAGGAUGGAGUCCAAAGUCCCACGGUUAGGGUUAGCCUUGAAGAGAAGGAAGGCCACCCCACUUCAUCCUGGAGGGAAGGAGAACCUGAAAGCAGACCCAGAAGAGCUUUUUACCAAGCUAGAGAAGAUUGGAAAGGGCUCUUUUGGUGAAGUGUUCAAAGGCAUUGACAAUCGGACUCAGAAAGUGGUGGCCAUAAAAAUCAUUGAUCUGGAAGAAGCCGAGGACGAGAUAGAGGACAUCCAACAAGAGAUCACAGUGCUGAGCCAGUGUGACAGUCCCUACGUCACCAAGUACUAUGGAUCCUAUCUCAAGGAUACUAAGUUGUGGAUAAUCAUGGAGUAUCUUGGUGGAGGCUCUGCCCUGGAUCUGUUAGAGCCUGGCCCUUUAGAUGAAAUUCAGAUUGCAACCAUAUUACGAGAAAUUCUGAAAGGACUUGAUUAUCUACACUCGGAGAAGAAAAUUCACAGAGAUAUUAAAGCGGCCAAUGUUCUGCUCUCUGAACAUGGAGAGGUGAAGCUGGCAGACUUUGGAGUGGCCGGCCAGCUGACGGAUACCCAGAUCAAAAGGAACACCUUCGUGGGUACCCCCUUCUGGAUGGCGCCGGAGGUCAUCAAGCAGUCAGCCUACGACUCAAAGGCAGACAUCUGGUCCCUUGGCAUCACCGCAAUAGAACUGGCCAAAGGAGAGCCACCACAUUCUGAGCUGCACCCCAUGAAGGUGUUAUUCCUCAUCCCAAAGAACAACCCUCCCACACUGGAAGGGAACUACAGCAAACCCCUCAAGGAGUUCGUGGAGGCCUGCCUGAACAAGGAGCCCAGCUUUAGGCCCACUGCUAAGGAAUUAUUGAAGCACAAAUUCAUAAUCCGCAAUGCAAAGAAAACGUCCUACUUGACCGAGCUUAUCGACAGGUACAAGAGGUGGAAGGCGGAGCAGAGCCACGAGGACUCCAGCUCGGAGGACUCUGACGUGGAGACAGAUGGCCAGGCGUCUGGAGGCAGCGACUCUGGGGACUGGAUCUUCACUAUCCGGGAGAAAGAUCCCAAGAAUCUGGAGAACGGAACUCUUCAGCUCUCGGACUUGGAAAGAAAUAAGAUGAAAGAUAUCCCAAAGAGGCCUUUCUCUCAGUGUUUAUCCACAAUCAUUUCUCCUCUGUUUGCGGAGCUGAAAGAGAAGAGCCAGGCAUGCGGAGGGAACUUGGGGUCAAUAGAAGAGCUGCGGGGAGCCAUCUACUUGGCGGAAGAGGCCUGCCCUGGGAUCUCAGACACUAUGGUGGCACAGCUUGUGCAGCGGCUGCAGAGAUAUUCUCUGAGUGGCGGAGGAGCCUCAGCGCACUGAAGGCCCAUGGCGCCCGGGUUGGUUUUUCCUUUCUUCUUCAUCUUCCUUCUUUUUAAAAGUCAACGAGAGCCUUUGCCGACUCUGCGAAGAGGUGUCACGGAGGGGCCCACCCGCCCUCCCAUAGCGCCGGCACCUGUCCAGGGACGGCCUCGUCGUGCCACAGCCAGAUGGAGUCUUUCCCGAUAGGGUGGGGGAGGGUCUUCUCCUUCAAGCAAUUAUUUUAUUUUUUUAUCGUUUUUAAUUUUAAUCAUAGUGCACAUAUUCAAAGAAAGUAUCUUUAAACACAAAAAACCCUGAAAUGUAUAUUUGGAUCGUUUUAAGGCAAUUGAAGACACGCAACCUCAGGUAUCCCGCUUUAUAUCGAUAGCUCCUCCCCCGGGAGACAGAGAGUCGCUCUGGUGGAUCAGUGUACAGAUUGUAUAUAGCGUCAUUUUUACGGAAACCCUUUUGGCGUGCAUAAGGAUCACUGUGUACACAUUGGCCAAGUGCUUCUGUAGAUAAUGUCUGUGGAGUAAAUAUUUGACAGGCCAGAACUUGAGUCUUUUGCCUUGCCUUUAUUACAUGUAAAUUUUGAAUCUCGUGACCAGUGAUUUGGAUUUUAUUUUGUAUUUACAGGGUCUGUCAUUAAUAAUAAUUAACCCCCCUCCCCUCAUGGAACACUCCCGUUUGUACCUCAACAGAUGCAAAUUCCCCUCUCGUUCACCCUACGCCCUUUUUGGUACACUUAGAAGUUUUCCUUUUCCAUCAAUGGUACUGUUUCUUAGUGUUUUCAAUUGGAACAUAUCUUGUCUCACAGAGCUUUAAAUUAUUCUCCUAAGUUUCUUGUGGAUGAAGCGCUCUCAUCUAACCUAUGUUGGGUUGUGCCACCACGUCUGUACCAGAUGUCCCAUCCGGCAUCUUUCCAUUGAAUCUUGUAGUGCAACUUGCGUAUCAUCUUCUCCACCUCCAAGUGUCUGAAUGCUUACACAAAUAAAUUUUAUAACUCACUCAUUUUGCAUACUAUUCUUGAAAUGUGGCUCCACGGAGCAGAUGGGGCACCUGUUUUGCACAUGUGCAUGGUUGAGGAAGUGUGUGUAUGUUGAGACAGGUUGAACGACUCCAGGGGAAAGUGCCCAGAUGUCAAAAAGCCAAAUGUCCAGGUUAUCUUCCUAUGCAAUGUGUGUGCUAGGUCCCUGAGUUACGACCGACACCACGGGUUUGUGAAACUGCUGAAGUUCUUGCGCUGCUGUGGGGGCCGCAUCUUCUGGUCCUGUCCGCCGAGGUCCUGUCCGCGAAGCUCUCCGUUCUUUUCUCUUGCAUCCCUCAGCAGGGUGGGGAUUCCCCGGUUCUCAGAGCAGGUCUUGCUGGUCUCACUCAGAUCUGUGUAGUGUUUUUUUUGUUUGUCGAUGCUAAUUACUGUCCUCCUUUUGGAGGGUUAGGCCUUGAGAAAGGGUUUUUGGAGCAGGAACUUUGAGUGAACUUAGUGACAUCAGCGUGGCCUUGUGCUGGUGUGUAUGUCGUGUUCUAGGAAGGCAGGCCAAGGAUAGAUGUGUCAGGCGUGAGACAAUUGCUUAGAUUUAUUAAGUGGGGUCUAGGUUUUUAGACUAUUGUGAUAGUCUAUUAGAAGUAGUAGAUUUAGGCUGGAGUAAUAAUUUCAUCCAAGAAUACGUUUUGGCUAGGGGAAAUAAAGACAAUUUUUUUUUUCUUUUUAAAUUGAGUCUAUGAGUUAUGUGUGCAGUUCCCUCAAAGACCAGAAGAGGGUAUGAGAUUCCUCUCUUGGGAACUGUAGUUACAGGUGAGCUGCCCUGUGGGUCCUGGGAAUUGAAUCUAGGUGUUCUUGCAGAACAGCCUGUGUUCUUAACUGCUGAGCCAUCACUCUGACCCCAGUCCAGUGUUAUUUUAUACCAAGUAUGUUACCUGGAACAAUAGUUUGAGAAUAUUUCGUGUUUCUAGAGUACUCUGCUUUGGAGUACUGUGUGUCUCUUUUUCUGUACGAGGCUUGAUGUAUAAACCAAAGGUUGUUGCAGGAAAGUCACCAAAUGAACCUGUUCUGCAGAGUGCUGUUGACUUGAAGAGCGUCCCUGAGGGCCACAAGCAUUGCUAGUGGAAAGCUCGUCAAUUGUACAAGUGGGUAGUGAUACAGUAGUAAAGCCAGUUGUCUUUUCUCUUUCCAGUGCUAGUACAUGAACCAGGACUUGUGUGUGCUGGGUCAGUGCUUUCCUGGGCUUUUCCUGCAAUCCCCGCCAUCCUGUCUUUAACAGCUUCUGCUGAGCUGCUGAGAGGACUAGAUGCUAAUUAAGCAUAGGCUUAUCAAAAUAAAUGUAGGCUGGUCCUCUGUACUCAGUAGACCACAAGGCACGGGUUCCCAUCUCCUGUGAAAGCAACAAGAUGGUCUUUGGGAGUUUGUUGGAAACCUUGCUGCAGAUGUGGGGUUGACAGUUGUAAAGUGGAUUGCCUCGUUCUAUAGUCUCCUCUAUGUUGUUACAUUGUAGCACAAAAUAAAUUAGAUGUUCUCUGGACGUUUUGUUUAGCUCAGCUUGGCAAGCUGUAUUCAUGUGUUCACUUCUAGUCCUUUAUUCAGAGCAGGGCCUGUCUGAGAACACCACUGCUACCCAUUUCACAUCACAGGCUACUGUGGGUGAGCACAGCAUCACUCAGAAGUCCUUCCACAGUGUACUGUCCACAGCUCAUGGCAACCAUGCCACCAGUCUGGGAAAAGGAGCACCUCAGAGAGCGGUGAGGCAGGCCGAGUGCCGACUGCUGAGCUCUGGCUCACAGACAGGUUGUCCUUUGGGUUAUCCAUGUUCCUCCUUAUGAGUGCCGAGAUUGUAGGCAUGCCUCACAUGUUGGCUCAAUGAUGGCUUCCCCCACCCCCACUGCUGUCCCACUAGGUAACAGCCUGUGAUGUGGAACCAACCACCUGUGCAGAGUGGAAGACAGUGGGUUCCUUCCUAGCAGCUGGGGUUGCUUGGCUCCUUGACAUGGUUCCUGGUUCUGUAUGUGGCGUUUUAUACUAUUCUUUGGCAAAACCUGUAAUUGUAUAUGCAUUAUAUUUCUUUAAAAACCUGGCUUCUGUGUUUCUGCUACAAAAUAUGGCAAUGAAGGUGGAUUCCUGAGCACGCAUACUGUCGUGCUAGGUCAAUAAAGCUCUGGAAAGCUGUU